AUGGCCACCGCGAUCUCGCUCUCUGCACGCGUGCCUACCGUGCUUAAGGCCGAGAAGAGGACUGUUUCCGAAGCCAGCAAUGCUACUGAGCUGGGCUUCGCUCGGUCGUUCCGCGUGAACAACAGUCUCGUAGGCCCAUGCAAGCCCCUGAAGGCAACGAAGGCAUCGAGAUGCGUCGCAACUAAGGCUGCUAUAGCGACAGAGAAGCCUCCCACUGAUUCAGCGUCCAAGAGCAAGAGCAAGAUUCGCAUUGGAAUCAAUGGUUUCGGUCGCAUCGGUCGUCUUGUUCUUCGCGUUGCUCUGGACAGGCCUGAUGUGGAGGUCGUUGGUAUCAACGAUCCGUUCAUCGACACUGAUUACAUGGCUUACAUGUUCCGCUACGAUAGCUCCCACGGCACAUACCCCGGCGAAGUUCACGCUGAGAGUGCGAACGCCAUCAACAUUGACGGACAAAGCAUCGCGGUCUUUGGAAAGAGGGACCCAGCUGAAAUUCCCUGGGGUGAAUCCGGUGUCGACUUUGUGGUUGAGUCAACAGGUGUGUUUACUACUAUCGGCAAGGCCGAGGCCCAUAUUAAGGCUGGCGCGAAGAAGGUAGUGAUUUCGGCUCCUUCAGCAGACGCUCCCAUGUUCGUGAUGGGAGUCAACGACGAGAAGUACCUUCCUUCCAUGAACGUUGUCUCCAACGCCAGCUGCACCACCAACUGCCUAGCUCCGCUCGCCAAGGUGGUUCACGAAGAGUUUGGCAUUCUCGAGGGCCUUAUGACCACUGUUCACGCUGUCACAGCCACGCAGAAGCCUGUUGAUGCGCCAUCGGCCAAGGACUGGCGUGGCGGCCGUGGAGCGGCGCAAAACAUCAUUCCCAGCUCCACUGGUGCAGCCAAGGCUGUAGGCAAGGUCCUUCCCGCCCUGAACGGCAAGCUGACUGGCAUGGCCUUCCGUGUGCCCACUCCUGACGUGUCGGUGGUUGACCUGACUGUACGCCUGGAAAAGGGAGCCAGCUACGAUGACAUCAAGGCAGCCAUCAAGGCUGCAUCUGAGGGUCCUCUGAAGGGCUACCUUGGAUACACAGAGGAUGAUGUGGUCUCCACUGACUUUUUGGGUGAUCCCAGGUCGAGCAUUUUCGAUGCCAAGGCAGGAAUUGCCCUCACCCCUAACUUUGUCAAGCUGGUGUCUUGGUAUGACAACGAGUGGGGCUACAGCAAUCGCGUGAUUGACCUGAUUGAGCAUAUGGUGGCAGUUGCUGUUGCCGAUGCGGGCAAUUAA